AUGAACGGUGGACCGGCGGUGUGCUCGAAGAAUUCUUCCGACAAGGUGAUCUCGAGGCAUCAAUGGGAUUGCCCUAUUCUCCGCUUUGUGACCGACAUACAAAGAAACUCAUCGGUCACUCCGUCAAAUGCGAUUCGUCGUCUUCCGCUCAGCUACUGUGGUAAACUAGAAAUUCCUACACCAUGGAUGAAAUUCCUGCACGACAACAAGGCCAGCUGGAAGGAACAAGAGGAGGAAAGGAAGAAAGCCGAAGCCGAAAAAGCCGCUCUUGGCAAUGGGAAUGAUCAAGAGAAUGGCGAAUCCUAG